AUGGGUCAACCCCAAGCUACUAUGCCAGAUCAAGUGCAAGAACAGGGGGUUCAGGAUGCUCCAUCACCAGUGCCAACUGUUGUACCUACUGUUGCCUUACCUGCAGACACAAUGGCAAAGUUAUUGAAUGUGUUAGAGGCAUUGGUGCCUACUCAGGGUGGAAGUUCUGAUAAUUCAGCAGAUCCUCAAAGUUUCUUGGAUGGGACACUCAAGGCAUUGCGUGCUCUAGGAUGUUCUAGUGAGAGGGUCGUAGAGCUUGCAACAUACAAACUAGAGGAUAUGGCUAACAUAUGGUAUGAAACUAUAUUGCUAGGAAGGCCAGCAGGAGCAACCCCACUAACAUGGGACAAGUUCAGUAAGUUGUUUAUGGAUCAUUUUCUUCCAGAUAGCCUGAGGCAAAAAUAUGUUAGAGACUUUGAGAGAUUGGUUCAUACUCCAGAUAUGGAUGUGUCAACCUACAACACGAAGUUUUGUAAUCUAGCGAGACAUGCUCCUUACAUAGUGCCUACCCAUGAAGCUCGAGUUCAAAGGUUUGUUGAUGGGUUGGUUAGUCAUCUAUACACUGCAGUAGCCCCACAGAUGAAGACUUUGUCCUACACUAAUGUAGUCGAUCUCGCUAGAAAGAUUGAAAAUAAGGGACGUGAUGAGCGUGCAACUAGUGAAUUACGAAAUCAGGGACAACAACAACAGGGUUCUCAGACAUGGACACAUUUGUCUUCACAGUCCGCAUACAGACCACAUUACAGACAGGGUGCUAGGGUACCAUCAUCAUUAUCAUCUGGACAUCGUAAUUCUGGGAAAAUAUAUGCCACUGCUCUAGUCUGCCAGACCUGUGGUAGAUCACAUUUGGGCCAGUGUCAUGUUCUGACUGGAGAGUGCUUUCGAUGUGGCCAGUUGGGACAUCACUUGAGGGAUUGCCCUCACCCUCCGAGGAAUUUCAACCAGGCUUCUAUUCAAGGUCGAGGUGCUGGAGAUCGUGCUACUGUGAAUCAAGGACAAGGGAAUGCAUUUACUAGACAGGAUGCUCAGGCCUCGAAUGCUUCUGUUUGUUCAUUUGAUGCACUUGCAUUGAUUGAUCCGGGAUUUACUCACUCCUAUGUGUCCUCGUACUUUGCUUUGAGGUUUAGUAGACAGCCCGAGCUAUUGAAUGAUCAUUUUCUAGUUGCUACUCCUGUUGGAGAGUCUCUAUUAGCUGAAUACGUGUAUCAUGCUUGUCAGAUUCGGGUUGACGGUAGGGAUACUCUAGCUGACCUUAUUAUGGUUAAGUUUGGGAUACCAAACGAACCCAAUUUUGUUCUAAAAGGGGGUCAGGUUCUAGAGACUUGCAAUGUUGUAUCUUUUAUGAAGGCUCAACGACUUUCGAAAAAAGGUUGGUUAGGUCUCUUAGCUAUUGUAAAUGACACAAGAAAGGAAACAAUUAGUAUAGAAAAUAUACCAGUAGUGAGAGAAUUUUCUGAUAUAUUUCCUGGGGAUUUACCAGGAUUGCCUCCAGUACGAGAAAUAGAUUUUGGUAUUGAUUUGCCACCUGACAUACAGCCCAUAUCAAUACCCCCAUAUCGGAUGGCACCAACAGAGUUGAAGGAGCUAAAACAACAACUUCAGAAUUUGUUAGAUAAGGGUUUUAUCAUACCGAGUAUAUCUCCAUGGGGUGCACCAGUACUCUUCGUAAAGAAUAAAGAUGGAUCCCUGAGAAUAUGCAUUGACUACAGGCAGUUGAACAAGAUAAUAAUACGCAAUAAAUAUCCUUUUCCUCAUAUAGACGACAUGUUUGAUCAGUUACAAGGAUUUGCCCACUUUUCAAAUAUUGACCUCCGUUCUGGUUAUCAUAUGCUUAGAAUCAAAUAUGAAGAUAUUCCUAAGACUCCUUUCAGAACUCGAUACGGGCACUAUGAGUUUCUUGCGAUGCCUUUCGUACUGACUAAUGCUCCAGCUGCAUUCAUGGAUUUAAUGAAUAAGGUGUUCCAUCCAUUCCUGGAUAUAUUUGUAAUAGUAUUUAUUGAUGAUAUCCUGAUAUAUUCUCAUAGCCAAGGAGAACACGGGAAUCAUCUCAGGACUGUGCUUGAAGCGCCGACUAUACCGCUUGAUGAGAAGUUGUCUUACGAGGAGGAGCCGAUGGCUAUUGUUGAUAGACAAGAAAGGAAGCUACGGUCAAAAGAAAUUGUAUUCGUGAAAGUCCUAUGGAGAAAUCAUACCGUUGAAGAAGCUGCUUGGGAAAUUGAAGAUGAUAUGCGCGUCAAAUAUCCUCAUUUAUUUUAG